AUGGCAGAGCUAUUGGGCAAGGGGUCCGGCGGGGACGAUGCAGACAGCGGCGACGAAGACGAGGACGGUGACGGUGACGGUGAAGACGGCGGCGCCGAGGACGGCGAGGAAAACGAGCAGACGAUCUUGGAGGAGUACAAGCUGUGGCGGAAGAACUGCCGGUACAUGUACUCGUUUGUGAGCGAGACGGCGCUCACAUGGCCGUCGUUGUCGAUCCAGUUUGCCCGGGCAGACACGUUUGAGAACAAGACGAAGGACACAAAGUAUGGGGUGACGAGAAACCUCUUUCUCACGACACACACGUCGGGCGAGGACGACGACUACGUGAAGCUUGCGUCGCUGCAGCUGCCCCGCUCGUUGACCGAGCAGAAGGAGCUCACGAGCGAGGAGCUGGAGACGGUGAACUCGAGGUUGAAGAUCAGCAAGAAGUUCCCUCAGGCGGUGGAGGUGAACCGCGUGCGGGCCAACCCGUUCGACUCGAAGGUGUGGGCGACGAUCAACGCCAGCGGCGAGGUGUACGUGUACAACGUCGACGCCAGGAUGAACGAGGUGUGGCGGAGGAAGCUGGAGCACCACACGGCGAACGGCUUCGGGCUUGCGUGGGACCCGACGAGUCAGCAUCGGCUCGUCACCGGGGCCGAGGACAAGAGCGUCGCCGUCUGGGACUACCGGGACAGCACGGGCGGCGCUGCCGCCGCCAGCCUGCGGCCGACAGCCGUCUACAACGUGCACACCGACUCCGUCAACGACGUGCGUUUCUCGCACAGGCGGCCGGGCGUGUUUGGAAGCGUCGGCGAGGACAAGCUCUUUGUGCUCGGCGACUGCCGCAGCCAGGCCGUCACGAUGCAGCGCACCCUCAACGCCGCCACCAGCUUCAACAGCCUUGCCUUCUCGCCCGCCAGCGAGCACCUCGUCCUCUUCGGCGGCGACGACGCCAACAACUACAUCUACGACCUCCGCAACAUGGACCGCUGUCUCCACACCCUCGUGGGCCACAAGAAGCCCGUCACCAACGUCGAGUGGGACCCCUUCCACGAACACGUCGUCGCCAGCAGCAGCAUGGACCGCCGUGUCAUCCUCUGGGACCUCACCAAGAUCGGCGAGGAGCAGCUGCCCGAGGAGGCCGACGACGGCGUCCCCGAGUUGCUCAUGAUGCACGGCGGCCACACGGGCGGCGUCAACGACUUUGCCUUCAGCCCCGAGGUCGAGUGGUGUCUCGCCAGCUGCUCCGACGACAACAUCGUCCACGUGUGGGCCGUCAAGGACGAGAUUGCCCGCAGCCCCGACGUCGACGCCGACGCAGACCUCCUCAUCGACCCUGCCGUCCUCGAGUAG